AUGGCUGCAGUACAAUGGGUUUAUGCUAAUGGCUCUAAUUGGGUGCCACUUGAUGUUACAACCCAGCAAUUAAUUGAACAACUCUGGUUUAACAAUCGAUCUGCUUGGAUAGACUGUCGCACAUUUUCUGGUCGGGCCUAUGUUGACUUUGAUGCCAUGCAAAUCUGCUUUAACAGCUUAGGUCUUAUACAUUACAUUCUAAAUUCUAUCAUCAUGGCCACUGUACAAUGGAUUUACGCUAAUGGUUCUUCUUGGGUUUCUCUUGAUAUCACUGCACAACAGCAAAUUGAACAACUCUGGUCAAAUCAUAGCUCUUCUUGGAUAAAUUGUCGCACAUUUCCCGGUGGAGCCUAUGUUGACUUUGAAUCUAUGGAGAUCAAGUUCAAUAAUUAUGGCAACGCUAGUGCUCGCCGCUGCUAA